AUGGAAACAAAUCGCAAAGUCCUAGGACGUCAACGGCUAUUGGAAUCGUUGAUUCGACAGCAAGGUAAAACUGGGGGAGAGGUAGCUUCUCAGCUGCCCAUGAACCCUCUAGACCACCAGAUACGUUCCGGUGAAGAGUUUCGGAAUUUAAAUGUACAAUUACUGGACAAUGAUUUCAGAAACCAGCUGGUAUGCAAAACAUUAAACAAAACCCUAUUGCUUUAGACUUCGUUCCUUACAUGCCUUGGAGGGCAUAAUGUAGACGAAUUUGUCAAGCGAAUAUUCUUCGCUAUCUUCGACGACGAAAUUAGCUUGUGUGUCAAUUUCAAGGGCAGAAAGACAAAAGAACGCCUCAGUGGUUCAAAACUAUAUGAGGUUAUACUUGGUAAGUCUGCGGUUACUUACAAAUCUACAAGAUACAGAAGUCUUCGGCGCAUGGAAUACGGAUAGGAGCGUAAAGUUGUCAGACCUGGAGUCAGCACUAACCAAGCGCCUAAAAAGGUCGCUGGAUAGCUAUGUGCAACGAAAGAACAAGUCACAAGUCCACCGAGAUGAGAUUGGUAAAUUGAUUGCCGUUUAUCAUGAACUACUUCUGACAUGUAGACAAUAUCCCAGGACCAUCAAGUAAUUCUCCGCCUGCGUGA